AUGACUAAAAGAAUCUUAAGAAGAAAUCUGGGACGAGCUCGACUACAUUAUGAUGAACUGGCUACCAUUUUAUGUGAAGCAGAAUAUAUAAUCAAUAGCCGUCCCUUGACUUAUCUGUUAGAGGAUGUUGAAGACUUACAACCUUUAACCCCAUCUUUAUUUUUACAAGAAAUACGUACUGAAUCUCUCCCUGAAUUAGAUGUUUUCGAUUUGAAUCGUUUAAUAAAACGUUUUCAUUAUCGUCAGAAACUUAAACAAGACCUGAUGAAAAGAUUUCGGAUAGAAUACCUGUGUCAGUUGAAAUCUUAUUCCAAGUGCAAACACCUAACCACCCUUAGAGUAGGUCAAGUUGUUCUCAUUGGAAGUGACAACAGCAAACGAAUAGACUGGCCUAUGGGCAGAAUACUUCAACUUUAUCCUGGACAAGACCAAAAUACUCGUGUUGCUCGCAUAAAAACUAUGAAUGGUGAACUAUUAACACCCUACCUAAGACUUUAUCGUCUUGAGGUUGAAGACAGUCCAGAAUGUCCUGUGGUAAAAAUCAGAUAUGAACGUAUAGUAAAACCAACUCGGAGACUGAAUUUGUAA